UGAACUAAUCAUUUUCCCACAAAAUAAGAUCCGAUUUCUACCCUAAUGUCAUGUAAGACCCGUAUUUAAGACCCAAAAGGCCCAAAUGUUAUUUUCAAAAUGUUUCCAAGAAAACCGAAUAUGAUUGUCAAUUGUAUUCUACACAAACAAGUUGAUUGCAGGACAACCUAUUUUACCUCUUCAAAACAAAAUUAAAAUUUUCAAUUCAAGGUAAAACCCAAAUUGGGAUAUAAGCUUAAUGAAUCGAAAUUAAUCGAGGGAUUUUCAUUGAUAAAUGAACAGCUUCAAUCUGCAACAAAUCAUAUCAACUACUGAUAAGGAGUAGCAAUUGGCUAGUUCUGUAAAUCAAGUGCUUACGGGAGCCAUGUCAUCACUGAUUAGAACUCCAGUGCCCAACAUUUCUGUUCCUGGAUUUCGUUACCAGAGCCAGAAAUAUAGGAGGUUUACCAAUAAUCAUGUUGGACUUACUUUUCCAAAACUCCAUAUAAAACGCCUUUUGGUUUGCUGCUCAAAGUUGACACCAUGGGAACCUAAACCUCUUACGUAUGCACCCACCGAUGAAGCAGAACCCGAGCUUGUGGAAGAAACUCCCAAUUUAUUUGACACCCUUAAGUUGGAGGACACUGCAGCUACACCAGCUACUGAUUCUGAAAAAUUAGCUCAAAAAGCCAGCAGCCCAUCACGAGGGGCAGGUUUUCUGAAAUGGCCAUUGUGGAUCUUGGGUCCUGCUUUUCUUCUUGGCACUGGCAUGGUCCCGACUUUGUGGUUACCCAUAUCGUCUAUAUUUCUUGGGUCCAACAUUGCCAGCCUACUUUCCCUUGUUGGGCUUGAUUGCAUCUUCAAUCUCGGUGCAACUUUGUUCCUCCUCAUGGCUCAUUCUACCACCCAACCAAAAGACCCGAUGGAAGCUCCCCAAAGCAAGGCUCCUUUCAGUUACCGAUUCUGGAACAUGUUUGCUUCAAUCAUAGGCUAUGCUAUCCCCUUGGCAUUGCUCUUUGGCUCACAAAAGGGUUUCCUUCAACCACAGCUUGCACCCAUCUCAUACUUGGUACUUUUAGGUCCCUACCUCCUGCUUCUGUCAGUGCAGAUAUUGACUGAACUGCUGACUUGGCAUUGGCAAUCGCCUGUAUGGCUCGUAACUCCUGUUAUAUAUGAGUCCUAUAGAGUGCUACAGCUAAUGAGGGGUUUGAAGCUUAGUGCAGAAAUUAGUGCGCCUGCAUGGAUGAUGCAUACUAUAAGGGGGUUGGUGUGUUGGUGGGUGCUGAUUCUUGGUUUGCAGCUCAUGAGGGUUGCUUGGUUUGCUGGAUUCUCUGCUAAAACGCGUAAAGAGCAGAGAUCAUAACUGUAAAAUGCACCACCGGCUAUGAGUGUGGUCAAUAUUUUCUUAUAAUGUUGGUUUAGCUAGAAUCUUACCUUCUGACCGUUCUGGGAAUGGAUUUUCGUCUUUUUAAUGUACGUGAUGUAGUAGGAUGAUUGCUGGUCAGUUGUAAUGUCCUAGUUCAGUACUGUAUUUGUAACUACUUGUAUGUACUACUAGUAAUUAAACCUGAGCGACCUACAUUAAAUUUCAAAAUAAAUAUCAAAUGCCUCCCUUUAUUGGAAUAAAAUGCGACAGGCCCACAAUUAUCUUCU